AUGUUUUCAGCUCAAACUGUCUUUUCAUUUUACUCUUCUUGUCUUUCUCUCACAAUAUCUCCAUCUUCACCAGUGACUGAACGUCAGGACACUGAUCGGGUCAUCUUGAACUGCUCUGUGUGGACAUAUGGACAGUGUCCAUACACAGUGAAGUGGUUGUAUGAGGGUAAUCAGAAUGACUUGGAGACAUCACAGAGUACAUGUGCAGCCUCUGUGACAUUUACAACAUCUGACUAUAAUCAGAAGUUGAAGUAUUCUGAGUUAUUGAAAUGUGAAGUGACAGAUGGUCACACUGAAGAAGUUCAUCAGUUCACCUUCAGCCCUCCUCAGUCCUCAGGUGAGAAACCAGGUCAUGAUGCAGCAACAGCUGCUUCAACAACAACAACAACAACAACAACAACAACAGAUUCACCAUCAACAACAGGAAGUAACUGGACAUCAAUGAAAAGGAGCACAUCAGAAGCAACAAACAACAGAGCAUGUGAAUACAACAAUAACCAAACAACACAAGGCCCAUGGUGGUUUGUGUCUGUGGGUUUAGCAGCGCUCAUAAUAAGUGUUGUCACAGUCAACAUAUGGACAAGAACUAAAGGGAACAAAACACAGAUGGAUGAAAACAUGGAGCACAUUGAGGAAGAUGAAGAUGAAGGGACCAACGACGAAGUCCUCAGACUUAUCGACCUGCGGGUCGCCAAUGACAACCUCUUCACGGGGAAGAGGAAUACCUCCAAGAAGGCCUGGAUUUCAGCCAUCCUGGCUCAUUUUCAGCUGCAGUCCCUGGGCAAGUGUGAUGGCAAAUACAAGACUUAA